GCCGCCACUGCGCCGUGCGAGGCCAGCGACCUUACCGCUGUCCGCCAUCCUCGCUGUCCUCUAUACUCGUCCGCUCUUUUACUUACCCUGGUGCUUCAGUAUGCUCUCUUCUCGCAGUGCUCGAGUACUCAAGCCUCGCGUCGUGACAUCUCAGGCUAGAAGAGCCAUUUCCGUCCAGUCAAUAUUGCAUGGAUCUCCGGAGGCAAAGCAGGAGGGCGAUGUCCAGGUCCAGCAACACUCGAGAGUCGUGGCGCGAGGGAAGUACGUGCAUGGCUUCGAGGUCCACAAAGUGAAGCCGGAUGCCGUCGAGGAGUACAGGAAGGCAGCCGAGCAGUAUUACUCUAUCAUCAAGGACGACCCGGAGCUGCACGUCAAGCUGACGGGUAGCUGGGAAACUGUUCUUGGGGAACAAGAUACGUUCGUCCACAUUCUGGAAUACGAGAACUACAAGGGUUAUGACAUGACCACCAAGAAGAUUCGAGAUUCUGACUACAUCAAAGCAUACCGAAAGAUGUUACCUCAUCUUGUCUCCCGCAGCUCGCAAUUGAACCAGGAGUUUGCGAUAUUACCGACGGCACCGCCCCAUUCUGAAGGUGGUAUCUUCGAGCUUCGCACCUAUCAAUUGCAUCCGGGAACCUUGCUUCAAUGGGAACAUACCUGGCGCAAAGGGAUCGAGGCCCGACGAAAGUUUGUGGAACCUGUCGGUGCUUGGUUCUCCCAGGUCGGACGCCUUCACCAAGUUCAUCACAUGUGGCAAUAUCCUGACCUUCAGACCCGCAAGGAGACGCGGGAGAAGGCUUGGAAGCUGGAUGGAUGGGCCGAGACUGUGUCGAAGACGGCCGAGUAUUCCAUGCUGAUGGAUGCGAUAAUACUGGAGCCGCUACCGUACAGCCCCUUGAAAUGAACGCAGUCUGCAUCCGGUGGGCUUCAUUCGGCGUAGAUGGAUUGCCAUUGGAUAGCCAGGUUGGGAUAUAGCCACAGUAUCGCGCUGCAGAGGAAAGGCAGGGGAUUGCCUUGAAUGGGCGAGGGCGGCGCACAGAGAUAUUUGGCGACUGGAAUGUAUGUAAAAUAUGAGUCACCCAAGCUCUGAUUGCUGUUUGAGUUCA